GCAGAGGAACAGUGUGGUCAGUGAGAAAUAAUCACAUUAACUUCCGUGUGCCGCUGCUGCUUCCGUAUUAAAGUCGACUUUACUCUGCCUGCUGGAUCCAAACACACAUCCCACCAUGAGAGCCGUUCCGGAGGAGCUGGCCGCGCUCAUUUCAGAUCUAGAAGCAUUCCUCUGUGAUGGAUUAAAAGGAGAAAAUUUGAGCAAAAAGAAUAAAGAAAAGAGGGAGGCCUUCAUCAAACGCAUCAAGGAGGUCAAGCUGAGUUUCCCUCAGGAUUUCAAAGACAAAACCGAAUGCUCCGACGAUGAUGACGACGUUGACAGCAACAACGAUGGAGGGUCUCUGCACUCGGAGCGCACAGACAAGGAUGAAGAGGGUGGUGAAGGAUCACAUCAGUCUCCGCCAGUGGCGGCUCAGGACCUGACUUCUGUCUUCAUGACCGGAUACCUGGAGAAACGCAGAAAGGAUCACAGCUUUUUUGGGACAGAGUGGCAGAAGCGGUGGUGUGCUUUGAGCCACCACAUGUUCUACUAUUAUGGCAGUGAGAAAGAUAAGCAGCAAAAAGGUGAUUUUAGUAUUGAUGGAUACACUGUGAAAAUGAAUCCCAGCUUACGGAAAGACUCAAAGAAAGACUGCUGCUUUGAAAUUUCAGCUCCAGACAAGAGAAUCUAUCAGUUUUGUGCCUCCUCCGUCAAAGAGGCAGAGAAAUGGGUGAAACAGAUUGACUUUGUUUUGAAAGACAUGACUGGCAUCAUCCCAGAAGAGGAUGAAGAAGAGCAGGCGAUGUACGAUGAUAUUGGCAAUAUGGACGACAUCUAUGAAGAGCUGCCAGACGAAGAGGUGCCUGCUCCAUCGAAGCCUCUUCCAAAGGUGGAGCCACCAGGCAAACCCGCGCCUGCACCUGCUGCAGUUGAUAAGAGCACAGACUACCAGAACUACUACCAGGGCUUAUGGGACUGUGUAGGAGACCACCCAGAUGAGCUGUCCUUCAAACGUGGAGAGGCCAUCUACAUCCUGAGUAGGGAGUACCAAAGCUUUGGCUGGUGGGUUGGGGAAAAGAAUGGUGCCAUAGGGAUCGUUCCCAAAGACUACCUGAUGGAGCUGUAUGCUCUAUAAAGGCGAGCUGAGCAUUUCCUCCCACAUGUAAGAGACCGAUGGCUGGAUGAAGACAUUUUUGUGAUUAAGACUUGUUUUGCUCAUGGAAUUAGCACUGCAGCUAUUUAUUUACACAACACGAUAUAAGAACAUAUCAUUCUAA